CUCCUGUGUAUUCUAUAAAUACGACAUUUUCUUAUUGUAAUGUCAUCUUUCCUAGGGUCAGCUGAUCUGAGGAUUGUUCUGUUGGGUAAGACAGGAGCUGGGAAGAGCAGCACAGGCAACAGCAUUCUCAGAAAGAAGCUGCUCAAAUCGUCAUGUCGUGCAAACUCAAAUACAGCUAUAUGUGAGGCUGCAACCAACACUGUUGAUGGGAGGAAAAUCACUGUGGUUGACACACCAGGGUAUUUUUCUACUGAGUGCACUAAUGAAGAGCUAAAACCUGCCAUAGUCAAAUGCCUCGUAGAGUGUGCCCCUGGACCUCACGCUUUUCUUAUAGUGCUAGCUGUGGGGAGGCAAACAGCAGAGGAGAAGGUAACAGUGGAAGAAAUUCUGAAAACGUUUGGGGAGGAGGCUCUGAAGUACGCUGUUGUCCUGUUUACCCACGGAGACCAGCUUGACGACGACGUGACCAUCCAGCAGUUUGUGGAUGAAAAUGACCGCCUGAAAACACUUGUCCAAAAGUGUGGACACCGGUUUCAUGUCAUCGAUAACAAAUACUGGAAGAAUCCCACUGAAGGCCCCGAUGAUGAGAGAAGCAACGCUGUUCAAAUCAAAAAGCUUAUGAACACGAUUGAUCAGAUGGUGGAACAGAACGAAGGCAAGCACUAUACUAAUGAGAUGCUCCAGGAUAUUGAAAAUGCCAUUGAAGAGGACAUGGCAAAGGGAAAUACCAGAGAAAAGGCAAAACAGAAUGUAAUGGAUAUGUUUUUAAUCAAGACAGUAAGCAUAACAGUAGGGUUUCUGUAUGGUGCAUUUGUGGGUCUUGUACCAUCAGCUGCAGUUAAACUUGCUGCUGAAGUCAAAUGCAUUGUAGAGUGUGUUCCUGGACCUCACGCUUUUCUCAUCGUGCUGCCUGUGAGGAGACACACAGAGGAGGAGAAGAAAACAGUGGAAGAGAUUCUGAAAAUGUUUGGGGAGGAGGCUCUGAAGUACGCUGUUGUCCUGUUUACCCACGGAGACCAGCUUGACGAUGACAUGACCGCCCUGCAGUUUGUGGAUGAAAAUGACCGCCUGAAAACGCUUGUCUAA